UGUUUUCACAUCCGGAGUUAUUAUAUUUAAAUGCAAUGUCCAUCGGGUUUUUGGUUAAUUUACAUUUCUUUCUUCUUAUCGAUCUGGUAUCCUAGUUAAUCUAUCGUUUUAAAUCUAUAUUUUUCUACCACAUAAAUUAUUAUUAUUAUUAUUAUUAUUAUUAUUGUUGUUGUUGUUAUUUUGUGUGGGUCAAUGAAAGAUCCGGCUUGCAUGAAGUGAUAUUAUGAACUCGUGCGUUUACUUAUUACUAUUAAUUGUACUUUUUAUGGAGAAAACUCUUUUUUGGAUUCUUGGAUUCUACUUUCUUUCCACGCCACGGUCCCAUCCCAUCCCAUCUCCUCUCCUGUCCACCAUCUGUGUGUAGCCCUAAACGUACGCGUACGGGAAGUCUGUGUGGUUGGCGAAGCAAGUCUUGUCGGCGACACCGGGGGUUUGGUCAAAGAUGUUGUGUGCUUCGUGCUCGUUCUCGUAUAUUUUCUCUGAUUCCAUCUGAAAACUCGACGAUAACCAGACCAUGUAAAACUGAACGGGAGCCCUACUGGGAGGCUUCUCUUGGUCCCGGUUGCAUUGGGUGGCUUCCCUCACCAUUUUAUGCUCUUCUUAUUUGCAACCACCAUCGCCAUCACUGCCAUCACACCACUUUUUUAUUUAUUUAUUUACUUUUCCUUCUGUACUUCUUAAUUUUAUAUCUUUCGUUAUAUUGUAUCACGGCUCGCCAAUCACAUUACGUUUAAAAUUUUUGUUUAAAGUUUUAAGUCGUUAUCUCGAUGACACCGUGCGUGUGGUGUUAGGUUUAUGAAGUUUGGUCACUUUCGUUGAUGACAAAUAAAACACAUAGGCAAAUUUUUAUUUAUGUGUGAACUUUCGCUGGUAGACUUGCCUUUUUGUGGUCGGUCCUGUACAUAACAGUGUUUUUAGAAAGAUGAGAGUUUUCUGUCUGCUAUGUGCUUUGUAGGAAAGAUAAAUCUUUAGCGGUAAAAAAUAAAUGAAAAGGGGAAGAUAUAAACUACAGCCAAUGUUUAAUUUUAUUACUAUUAUGUAAUCCACAAACCUAUACUGGACCUAUAAUCUUCUAUUGCAUCAAUCCUCUAUUAUAUGUCUCAUGCCACACUAGUUACCAGCACAUACCACACCAGAUGCGUUUGCCAAUUCUUGGUCAGUGUGAUAUACGAUGAAAUUACCCUGUUCAUAGGGAGGGGUUAGCCGUGUACCUUCAACUGAAUAAUUAUUUACUACACUAUCCCUUCACCACUGCUUUUGCAUCUCUUUCCGUUUUUAAGGAUAUUUUUGUGGCAAUUAAAGAUAUCGGUGUGGUACUAUUCACACUCUUACUAAUCAUGAUGGAUGUUUUGGUAUACUGUGUUUCUUGGCUUGUGAUCGGUAUAUCAUUUAUGAGGCCUUAUUUGUUGUUUAUUCCUUUACUGUUUGUUAUGGCGCGAGCCUUGCAUUAUUGUCAUUUACUAAGGGCAUUCAACUCUCCUAUGUGCAUAAUUUAGAAAAUUGCUUGCAUUAUUGUCAUUUACUAAGGGCAUUCAACUCUCCUACGUGCAUAAAAUAGAAAAUUGGAGGAUCGCUCGUCAAAGUAGAGCUGUUUUCCUGAUAAAAUAUGUUGGCAACGGCUAUCUUUUGCUGUGGCAGGGUUCUUGUGUUGUUUGCCACUCUUAAAUCAGAGGAGUGAAAGGAAGUAUCUGAUUCAAGCAAUAAAGCUGAUUUGUAUUUUGAUGGCGCUUGUUGUCCCAUUAUUUGAUAGCCUGCUAUAAAUGCAUUGCAGUUCUGGCAAUGAGAAGUGUUCAGGUUUCCAUCGGUUGAUGGACAGCACCCACAACUGCACAGACAAGAAGACAUUGAAGAGGUGGUUUUUCAUAGAUAAGAGAGUUGGGUAAUCUCGGAAGAUACUAAAACACAAGAUACUUAGAAUCAGCUGCUGGAAAUUCUGGGCAUUGAACUUAUCUGUAGGAGUGUUCUGGAUCAAAUGGAUUUAAAGUCAAGUCAUAGUUCACCUGUUCUUGCUGAUUCUGUGCCAGUGAGCAAAUCCAGAUUGGGCUUGUCCAAUAAUUUGGUUCCAUACUCACCACCACCAACAGCAUACCCUCCUAGUUUAUAUUUAAGUAUUCCCAGAAGGAAGGCUAUCACUGGUAAAUUUGAUGAGGUUCGUGAGAGUGCUUGGUUGGAUGCCAUGGUUGCUUCAUCACCUCCUCGUAAGAAGCUAAACAAGGAUUUUGGUCAUGAGUCACAAGAUGAAUCAGAUACAGCAUAUUGCAUUUGGCUGAUGAAAUUUCCAUCGGCUUUAUCAUCGUUUGAUCAAAUCACGUCCAGUGCUAAUGGGAAAAACAUAGCACUGUUCCUUGAUUAUGAUGGAACACUUUCACCUAUAGUUGACAAUCCUGACCUUGCUGUCAUGUCCCCUGCGAUGCGUGCUGCUGUGCACAGUGUUGCAAAAAAUUUCCCCACUGCAAUUAUAAGUGGCAGGUCGCGGGACAAGGUUUAUGAGUUUGUGGGACUAAAAGAACUAUAUUAUGCUGGUAGUCAUGGAAUGGACAUUGUGGGUCCAGUCAGAGAAUGUUUUUCUCUUGAUGAUCAUCCAAAUUGCAUUAGGUCUACUGAUACGCAGGGAAAUGAGGUAAAUCUCUUCCAGCCUGCAAACGAGUUCUUACCAAUGAUAGAUGAGGUUUUUAAAUCCCUUGUUGAGAUCACUAAAGGAAUUAAUGGUGCAAAAGUCGAGAAUAAUAAAUUCUGCGUCUCUGUACAUUACCGUCUUGUAAAUGAGAAGAGUUGGUCUGAGGUCGCCUGUUGUGUCGAGAAUGUCUUGAAGGGCUACCCACGUUUGCGUCUGACACAUGGACGGAAGGUUUUAGAGGUCCGCCCUGUAAUUGAUUGGAACAAAGGGAAAGCUGUUGAGUUUCUUCUUGAAUCCUUAGGAUUGAGCAACUCUGAUGAUGUGCUCCCAAUAUAUGUUGGAGAUGACCGAACUGAUGAGGAUGCUUUCAAGGUCUUGAGAGAGGGAAACCGAGGUUUUGGCAUUUUAGUGUCCUCUAAUCCGAGGGAGGAGACAAAUGCGUUCUACUCCCUGCGUGACCCAUGUGAGGUCAUGUCUUUUCUCAAGUCCUUGGUUAAAUGGAAGAAGUCAACCGCUUUACGAGGAUGACGAUAAAUAAUGAAUUUGGGAUUCUAUAAAUAAUCAGAUACUUGACAGACUAACAAAUAUAUGGAAUAAAUGGUAACCCAGUAGUUACUGAAGGCCAAAGGUCCAGUUUUUUACUUUUAUUUUUUAUUUUUGGCUGCGGAUCUAAGUUAUAUUUGUUGGACGUCUUUUGCACUUGUUCUGUUCUCUCUCUCUCUCUCUCUCUGUGGGUCUGUGUCUCUCUGUUUCUCUGGUUGUUGAUAUCUUCGUUCUUUCUUAUUGAUUUGAUUAUUUGUACAAAUUACUAUUGUUGAGCAUAUCUAUCAAUGACAAAGCAAGCAGUAAUCUAGCUCUAAUGCGAUGGAUGCAAUUGCUCGGUUGAUUUUAAAA